GCUGACGACAGAGGGAAUGUUUUCAAACCAGCGACAGGCUGGAAGGGACGUUACGAAGCGUAGUGUUGUCUUGAAAUAUUGUAAUAUUUCUAAUAAAAAUUACAGUCUCUCUAAUUAUACUUCCUACUUGUGUGUGAGACUGACUAGGAGCGGUAAAGAGGGAUCUGAAACACGGCUGUGAAGGCCCAUAAUGACACUGAGGAUCAGCUAGUCACCUGCUCUACCAUGGCCAAACCCGGGACCGACAAGGACAGCGCCAUGGUGGAAAAACAAGCUGGGAAGAAGAGCAAAGAUAAAAUUUCCCCAUUCACCAAGACUCCAAAGUUGGACCGGAGUGAGCUGCUGGGGAAAGAGAUGAAGAUGAAGUCCUCCAUGAAAAGAAAGCUCUCCUUCACAGUCAGCCCACCGCAGAAUGAAGAGCGGGACUCUGACACUGAUUCAGACCCAGGACACUCGAGUGAGACCUGGGGAGAGAGAUUAAUCGCUCCCUGCACGAUUUUCUCAGACAAGGAUGGGCCAGACAAGAAGAAAGUGAAGAAGGAGACGGGAAACAAGAAAUCCACCCCCAUGAACAUCCUGUUUGGCUAUCCUCUGUCAGAACGGAAGCAGAUGGCACUCCUGAUGCAGAUGACUGCCAGGGACAACAGCCCAGACACCACCCCUAACCACCCCUCGCAGGCACCCACAGUGCAGAAAAAGAUUGCCAGCAGCACCUCAUCGCGGCAGAAGGAUAAAGUCAACAAGAGGAAUGAACGCGGAGAGACCCCGCUGCACAUGGCCGCCAUCCGAGGGGAUGCCAAACAGGUCCGAGAGCUCAUCAGCUUGGGAGCUGAUGUCAAUGUCAAAGACUUUGCAGGCUGGACUCCUCUUCAUGAAGCAUGUAACCUUGGCUAUUAUGAUGUGGCCAAAGUGCUGAUUGCAGCAGGUGCAGAGGUUAACACGCAGGGGCUGGAUGAUGACACUCCACUACACGACGCAUCCAGCAGUGGGCACAAGGAUAUUGUGAAGCUGCUGUUGCGACAUGGAGGAAAUGCCUUCCAGGCCAACAAACGUGGGGAACGUCCAGUAGAUGUUGCAGACUCCCAGGAGGUGGAGCAGUUGCUCAAAGGCGAGGUGCCACUAUCUGAUCCAGAUGACAGUUCUUCAGAAUCAGAGGACCCUGCAUCUGUGAAUCCCUCCAGUGUUGAUGACAACAUGGAAUAUUCAGAUGGUGAAAAGGACUCCGAUAACAAACAGACCAGUUCGGUCAAAACACCAGCGUCUGCAUCUGGACUAGAUGAAUAUGAAUUCAAGGACGAUGAGGAGGAAGUAGACCUGAGCAAAGCCCUUAAUGACAGACAUAUUCUCAGGAGAGAGUUGCGCCAGCGAGAGAAGGACGAGAAGGACAGGAACCAUUUGGUAACCAAACAGGACAAGAUUAAUCCACCUGCCUCCAAGUCAAAAAAGCAAAAGCCUUCCCGUAUUCUGUACUGUAGCUCAGAGAGCUCUGGCGAUGACACUGAAACCCCUGUUGAGAGGAAGUCCUCUCCCACAUCUUCUGCCACUGCUGAAGGGCACAAGCCUGAUGCCAAGCCUAAAAAAGAGCUUGUUACAGAGCAUAAAGAGAAGGGAAAGGUCAAGAAAAAGUAUAAAAAUUUGAGCAAAAAUAAGGAAAAUCAAGAAGUGAAAGAAGAUGGGAAAGAGAACAGUAAGGCGCCAUUCUUUUCUUCCACAGUAGCAGGGUUGGAGACCCCAGAGAAAGGCAGAGAGGAAGAUUCUUUUAAAAUGUCUUUCAGCCCCAAGGACGACUCCUCUGUUCACCUCUUCCAUUUAUCAUCUGUGAAAUCUCCCAAGCUCAAUCACAGCUUGACUGACAAACAGUCGGCCCCUCUUAAACAAGAAAACGCUAAAACGUGUGUCUCACUUGGAGAUGCUUCCUGUCAGGUUGACUCUGGUAAAUAUGAUCACUAUGCAGAGGACUGUGCCACAGAGAGCUCCAGCAGCAAAGGCUUCAAGCACAAGGAGAAAAGUAAGCAUCACCAGAGAGAUCUAUGCUUAGACGCAGAUGACAGGAGCUCCAGUCCUUACAAGGAUGCAGUCAGUUUGGACAAUGCUGAAGGAGCUUUACGAAAGACUGACAAAGAUGGCAAGGUCCUCAAAAAACAUAAAUUGAAACACAAGGGGAAAGAUAAGCAUAAAAAGGAAUAUGAAAUGGAGAAGGACAAGCACCGACAGAAAGAACUGAAGAAAGAUGGCCAUAGGAAUCUAGAAUUUGACCGGGAGUUCUGGAAGGAGAACUUUUUUAAAAGUGAUGAAAAUGAGGAACCUCCUUCGGGGAAAACGGAGACGCACGAAAGUUCUUCUCCAAAAAAGAUGGCAGAUGCAUCGCCUGCGAAAGAGGAACGAACAGGUCGAGAAAAACAUACCAGCAGUAAAGAGAAGCGGCAAAAGGAAGAAUGGGAGAAAGACAAAUCUUUAAAGAAGGAGAAGGAGUCCUCAUGUAAAGAUGAAAAGGCUAGACUGAGUGAACGGGAAGAGAAGACAAGCAACUAUGUCACAGAUGAGGGACCUGACGAAUCCCUCUACACUGCAGUCAUGAAAGAAGAGCCAGAGGACCAGCCUGUUACUGAGAAUGAUGCUGAUCAAGAACAGCUGGACUCUCCAGAGAAAGUUUGUCGUGAAAAAACAGAGAGGAGACUCCUAGGAAAAGAGAAGGAAAAUGAAAAGAUGGAUAAAAGGCAUUUGGAGAAAGAGAAGAAGAUCAAAACUGAGCACUUGCAAGACAAAUCUGAAGUGCAUAAUUUUACAGAUCGAUGGAAAGAAAGAGAAAAGACAACCACCACCUCCUCCCAUUCUGGUGGAGAGAAUAAACACAAGGAGAGUGAAAAGCUGAAAGCUAUCUUGAUGUCAAAGAAGCCAGAAGAAAACAAGAGAAGUAAGGACAAGACAGACAGAAAGAAUGACAAAGAGAAGCAGGAGAAGGACCGGUGUCCUGGGGAUAACAGAGACAAAGAAAAAAUGGGCACAGAAAAGAAAAUGAAAACCUUAGAGAAAGCUGGGGAUCAUAGCAAGCCUGACAGAAUGAAAGAGAGAGAGAAGGAGUGGGACAAAAAGAAAAAAGAAAAGCCAAAAGAAGCAACAAGUUCCAGCUCAAAUUUGAAAUUGCUCUUGGAAGACAGAAAGAGCAGCUUAUCCGAAAGUAGUAAGAUGUUCCAUGACAAGACUGCCAUUGCAAAGCUGAAGGAUGAUGUUCCAAAAACACCAGAAAAGGACAGGAGGGAACGGGACAGAGAUGCUGACAGGCACAGGGACAGGGAUCGAGACCGAUACAAGGACAAGUCUCAACAGGCCAGGUCAACCAAGUCAAACAUAAACACAGUGGAGGCUGACAAGAGUAAAGCUAAAUCAUUACCUGCCACCAAAGAUGUCCGUCCUAAAGAAAAAAGACUUGUCAAUGAUGAUCUCAUGCAGACCAGCUUUGAGCGAAUGCUGAGCCUUAAAGACCAGGAAAUUGAACUGUGGCACAAGAAGCACAUGGAAAAAAUCAAGCAGAAAGAGAGAGAAAGGAUGAAGCAGCGACCUGGGCUGGAGCAAGGUAAGCUAAAGACCAAGGACAAGGUAAAGAACUCUGCAGGAGAGAUUUGCCUCAGCAAAGACUUACAGCGUUCCAAGAGCUCUGAGGUAUCGGAGAGUCACGCCCGAGAAAAGGUACUGAAAGAUGCCACCAGCACUAGAUCCUUCUCUUUGGAUGCCAAGGGCCUGUCCUAUACUGGAAAGCAAGGCCCCAGUCUUGAUAACAACCUAAGCAGGUCCCCCAGGCCAGAAAGUGAGAGGGGUGGUCUCAUAUCCAGGUCGGUGUCCAUGAUUUCAAUGGCUAGCUCAGAGGACUCUUGCCAAACACCUGCACUUACACCAAGACCCUUAAGCGAGUAUGACUCAGAUUUUACAGUGGAAGGUUCUGAUUCUCAGCCAUCACUUUCACAGUCAUCUAAUGCAGUGCAUGCUAUCCGGUCACCUGCCAUCCAUGAAAAAGAAACCGAUGGUCUUUUUGAUGCUUUGCAACGCAACAAGAUGUCAGCUUCUGGUAGACACACCACCCCAUACCUGAGAUCUAUUCUGGAUGAAGACUCUAAACCUUCUGCUGACAGUAGGCUGUGUGAGGAUUCCAGCCGGCCCGGCGUGCACGCACAUUUAAGCAGUGAAAGUGUGAGGUGUCCUCAGCCUGAAGGAGUAGUGGCUCCUCCUCCACAGAGCAAUAGCAAUCAGGGUUUGCUACAUCUGAGUCGAAGUAAUGGCAGCUCUGACAGUGAAAAUCCAUCCGAAAAUGGCAGCGAGGGGAAUGUUACCGGUGCUCGGCUGCUGCCGCUCUCAAGGAACAGUGACACUGUGAUAAAGGAUUUAAGUGAAAAAACUGGCCAUCAGCCUGCUCUUUUACACGCUGAAGGUACGCAGCUGUCCGCUCUAGAUUCAAAAAGACCACACGUCUCUGACCCUCUAUUAGACAGGAGCACACAGUGUGUACAGGUGGAUGACACCAGAAUGGAAAACGAUAGUAGAAAGUCUGCCUCUGAAUGUAACAAGAAGGAAACAAAGGAUUAUCUGUCUACGGACACAUCAGGAACAUCGUCAUCAUCUUUGUCUCAUCAGCUUCUGUCCACUAAUGCCAAAGUAUCCUUAGAUUCUUACAAGAAACAGUGGGAUGUCCACGCAGAGUCCAACCUUGACAUGUCACAAAAAACUGAAGUUGAUUUACCUUUAGUCCCUGAGCAAAAAGACAAGUCCACAGGUGAGACUGCUCUGUCCAUUCCAGAAUGCAAAGUGGAGGAACAUAAGAUGAUUGAAAGCUCCAGGGAUGAAUGGGCCAGCAGCAGUGCCAAGCCUUCCAUUGCUCCUCUCUGCAUUAUCUCACAGAGGAUGGAUGGCAGUUUAGAUGACUCUGCCCUUAAUUUCAAGGUGGGUAUUACUGAGGCCAAACACACUGAAGAGGAUGUGGACGUGGAGGUCACAGAUGCAGGCUCAAAAGACACUAAAACACCAAAACCCUCAGCAGUACCUACAGAAACCUGCGAUGCUCCUCUGCCGGACAGACUUGAUUGCAUCUUUCCUGCGUCUUGUACACCAGAGACUGGCUACUCCGAUUCUGAACAUAAAAAUGAAAUAACAGCUGUUUCCAGUGGCUUGGAAAAGGGCAGCAGUGUGGAGGUGGCAGAGAAGGUAAGACCUCCAACUGAAGGCAGCAGUGUCAUACAACCCACAGGUGAAAUAAUAAAGGUUGAGUCAGGGGAAGAGCUGAUUACUGACCACAGUGCACCCGAGGAAAAACUUUACCAUCCACGCAAGGAUACGACCACUGGGGAACUGCACAGUGCCCAAGUGGAUCUCCAGGCAGAGCACAUUAACACUUCCUCAGGUGGCUCUUCUCCAGUGCCAGGAGAUGGGGACUCUGAUUCUUCAGGGACUAGAGCUAAGGUCCGCCUGUCAGAGGAUGAAGAUGUGCAGCUGCAUCACCCACGGAAGAGGAAGAUGCCCCGAGUACCCCAACCUGUACAAGCUGGCCCCACUACCCAGCAGGCCAAGGAGAAAAGCCAGCAGUCCUUGGCUGCUAUUGUGGACUCGCUCAAGUUGGAGGAGAUCCAACCAUACCAGACUGAGAGGGCCAACCCUUACUACGAAUUCUUGCACAUCCGCAAGAAGAUUGAGGAGAAGCGGAAAGUGUUGUGCAGCGUCAUUCCCCAAGCACCACAGUAUUAUGAUGAGUAUGUGACCUUCAAUGGAUCUUAUCUCCUGGAUGGAAACCCUCUGAGCAAGCUUUGUAUUCCAACUAUAACACCUCCUCCUUCAUUGCCUGAGCCACUGAAGGAGAUGUUCAAGCAGCAAGAGGUUGUUCGCAUGAAGCUGCGUCUGCAACACAGCAUUGAACGGGAAAAAUUAAUUGUAUCAAACGAACAAGAGGUUUUACGUGUCCAUUAUCGUGCAGCAAGAACACUAGCCAAUCAGACCCUUCCGUUCAGUGCCUGCACAGUUUUGCUUGAUGCUGAAGUUUACAAUAUGCCCCAGGAUGCCCAGGGAGAUGAUGGCAAAACAUCUGUCCGGGACAGGUUCAAUGCUAGGCAGUUCAUGUCUUGGCUCCAGGAUGUUGAUGACAAGUUUGACAAACUGAAGACCCGCCUCUUAAUGCGCCAGCAGCACGAAGCAGCGGCGCUCAACGCGGUUCAGCGGCUUGAGUGGCAGCUGAAGCUGCAGGAACUCGACCCAGCCACCUACAAGUCCACCAGCAUAUUCGAGAUUCCGGAGUUCUACAUCCCCCUGGUUGAUGUCAACGAUGACUUUGAUCUCACCCCAAUAUGAUGUGCUGCAGAGGAGCAUGUUUCCCUCCUGCCCAGCUCUUCAUGUCCUCAAGGACAGAAAGCUGGGUAAAGUAUAGCACUUACCCUGAAGGAAGCCUCCUUUUCCAGAGCUCUUAAAGAAAAACCUGGAAUGCAGACCGUUCCUGCACUUCGCACACAGGGGCCAGCGAUCAUCCCCAGCCACCGGCAGGUGAGGCAGGGCUUUGCAGGUCUCAGUACAGGAAAUAAAUGGCGCUCAUGUAGGAAGGGCACUUAUCACGUGGUACAAACCCACAGACAGGCAGUGCUGGGACCCGAGAUGCCCAAAGAAAGCAUGCAGAAGACAGACCUGGCAGUUGUGCCAGCUCUUCACAUUGGAGUGGAAAGUAUACAAGAGCAUUUAAAUAUCAAACUGAUUUUUAACUGUGUUCAUACUUGUACAGAUUGUGCUUUUAUUUUUUUUUAUUUAUUUUAUACAUACAGAUUGUGCAUUUGUAAAUAGUCAUGUAAUUAUUUUUAAUUUGUAAAAAAAAAAAAAAAAAAAAAAAAAA